UUCCCACUCUCAGGCCCGCGUACCCGGGUCCUUCGGGGUUUUGUGCUGCUGAGCGAUGGCGGGGGAUGGGAGCAGAUCGAGCUCCAACUAUCUCAAUUCAAGCAUUUGCAACUCGGAAAACAAAAUCAAAAUCCUUCCAUCAGCUUUAGAUCUUGAGAAAAUCACCUUUGUUCUACCUCCUCUUAUUCUGGACCUUUCCACCCGAGGUGAAGAAAUAUCUCAUCCCAGCGGGAAAACUGCUCUGUGUCUGAAAUGAAGUUUUCUGUUGUAACUCAGUGAAAUCCACUGGAACCAGCACUGACAACACACCAGCAUUUGUUCACUGGAGAUCAGUUCUUCCACUGCAUUGAGAGUGCGAGGGAUUCACUACAUCUGACAUCUCACUUGAUGAGUUGCCAGAGAAUUGAUAAAGAGCUGAGGGAAGGGAUUCACUCCCUUGUUCCACCUGCAGUCACACCCUCAAGUUCACACUGAGCAGAGGCUGUUGACCUGUUCUGUGUUGGCAGGGAUUCACUCAGUUAUCCAGUGGACAGACACCAGAGAACUCACACCAGGGAGAGACCAUUCAGCCGCUCAGACUGGGAGGGGAUUCACUCUGUCAUCUCAACUGAAGGUAUAUUAGCGAGUUCACACUGAGCAGAGGUCAUUCACCUGCUCAGACUGUGGGAUGGGAUUCACUUUGUCAUCCAACCAGCAGAGACACCAGCGAGUUCACACUGGGGAGAGACCAUUCAUCUGCUCUGAAUGUGGAAAGGGAUUUAUGCAGUCAUCUCAUCUGAAGGUACAUCAGCGAGUUCACACCGGGGAGAGGCCAUUCGUCUGCUCAGUCUGUGGGAAGGGUUUCAUUCAGUCAUCUCAUCUGAAAGUGCAUCAGCGAGAUCACACUGGGGAGAAGCCGUUCACCUGCUCACAAUGUGGGAAAGCAUUCACUCGGUCGUCUGAACUGAAGGUACAUCUGCGAAUUCAUACUGGGGAGAAGCCGUUCAUCUGCUCGGACUGUGGGAAGCGAUUCACUCGGUCAUCUGAACUGAAGGUACAUCAGCGAAUUCACACUGGGGAGAAGCCGUUCAUUUGCUCAGACUGUGGGAAGGGAUUCACUCGGUCAUGUGACCUAAAUACACACCAGUUAGUUCACACUGGGGAGAGACCAUUCGCAUGCUCGGACUGUGGGAAGGGAUUCACUCAAACAUAUGAUCUACUGGCACACCAACGAGUUCACACUGGGGAGAGGCCAUUCACCUGCUCACAAUGUGGGAAGGGAUUCACUCACUCAUCCAACCUCCAGAGACACCUCCGAGUUCACACUGGGGAGAGGCCGUUUACCUGCUCAGACUGUGGAAAAGGAUUCACUCAGUCAUUUUACCUACUGGCACAUCAGUCAGUUCACAUUGGUGAGAUGCCGUUCACCUGCUCAGACUGUGGGAAGGGAUUUCCUCGUUCAUUUCAACUGAAGGUACAUCAGCGAGUUCACAGUGGGGAGAGGCCAUUCACCUGCUCAGAUUGCGGGAAAGGAUUCACUCGGUCCUAUGACCUACUAGCUCACCAGCGAGUUCACACUGGGGAGAGGCCGUUCACCUGCUCAGACUGUGGGAAGGGGUUUACUCAGACAUAUGACCUACUAGCUCACCAGCGAGUUCACACUGGUGAGAGGCCAUUCACCUGCUCAGAAUGUGGGAAGCGAUUCACUCACUCAUCCAACCUACAGAGACACCUGCGAGUUCACUCUGGGGAGAGGCCGUUCAUCUGCUCAGAUUGUGGGAAGGGAUUCACUCAGACAUAUGACCUACUAGCGCACCAACGAAUUCACACUGGGGAGAUGCCAUUCACCUGCUCAGAAUGUGGGAAGGGAUUUCCCUGGUCUUUUCAACUGAAGGUGCAUCAGCGCAUUCACACUGGGGAGAGACCUUUUAGUUGUUCAGACUGUGGGAAGGGGUUCACAGACUUAUCCAACCUACAGAGACACCAGCGAGUUCACACUGGGGAGAGGCCAUUCACCUGUUCUGUGUGUGGGAAGGGAUUCACCCGAGCAUCCGGCCUACAAACACACCAAUCUGUUCACACUGGGGAGAGGCCAUUCACCUGCUCAGAUUGUGGGAAGGGAUUCACUCAGUCAUCUCAUCUGAAGGUACACCAGCGAGUUCACACUGGAGAGAGGCCGUUCACCUGUUCUGUGUGUGGGAAGGGAUUCACUCGGUUAUCCAGCCUACAGGCACACCAGCGAGUUCACACUGGGGAGAGGCCAUUCACCUGCUCAGACUGUGGGAAGGGAUUCACUCAGCCAUCUAACCUGAAGGUACAUCAGAGAGUUCACACUGGGGAGAGGCCAUUCACCUGCUUAGAUUGUGGGAAGGGAUUCAUUCAGUCAUCUGACCUACUGGUACACCAGAGAGUUCACACUGGGGAGCGGCCGUUCAUCUGCUUAGAAUGUGGGAAGGGGUUCACUCAGUCAGCUCACCUGAAGCUACACCGGCGAGUUCACAGCGGGGAGAGUCCAUUCACCUGCUCAGACUUUCGGAAGAGAUUCACUUAGUGAUCUGACCUACUGGCAUGCAGACACUUCAUGAUGGGGUGAGGCCGUUCCCCUGCUCUGAAUGUGGGAAGGGAUUAAUUUGACCAAUUUACCUACUGGAAGAUUUAAUUUAGCUGCUCAGACUGUGAAGGGAUUCACUCACUCAUCCAACCUACAGAGGCACCAGUUAGUUCACACUAUGGUGAGGCCGUUCACCUGCUCAAACCGGCAAAAUGAUUUACUCUUUUAUGUGACCUACUGGUACAUUAGAAAGUUCACACUGAGGAGAGGCCGUUCACCUGCUCAGACUGGUGUAAUGAUUUACUCGGUUAUAUGACCUACUGGUACAUCAGCAAGUUCACACUGGGGAGAGGCUGGUCAAUUGCUCUGCGUGUGUGUGAAGGGAUUCACUCGGUCAUUUCACCUACUGGCACAUAGUAAGUUCAGAGUGGGAGGUAGCUGUCCGCCCACUCUGAUUGUGGGAAGGAAUUCACUUUGUCAUCUCGACUGAUGCCACACCAGUCAACUCUCACUGGGAGAAGCCACUCACCUGCUCAGACUGUGGUUUGGGAUUCACUCAGUCAUUUCACACUGGACACUGUGUGUUCACUUGCUCUAAAUGUGGGAAGAAAUUCACUUAGUCAUCUAACCUUGUGACACACUGCUGAGUUUACAGUGGGUAAAAGUUAAAUAAGCUGCAUGUUAGAUAUUUAUCUCUAACUUGAAUAAAAGUGACUUUUGGUGUUUAACUCUGCAAUUAUUGCUGCUGCUUAUCACACCCAGUUCCGCACCCUGGCUACUGGCAUGUUCAUCAGUAAUGUGACUAGAGUUUAAUAUUCUAGAUCUGUGACUAAUAAAUCGUUUCUAAACUCUAUCUCAGGUACUUAAUAAACUUAUAACACUCAGUGUGCAGUAGGGCAUCAACUCAGCCAGCUGGUCCCUGCCAGUGUUUCUGUUCCACAACAAUUCUUUUCAAUCCAUUCCUGCUGUUCACUUCUCACUCUUCCCAUGGUGAUGGGUUCCAAACAGUACCACUCUGUUAGCAACUUUAAAUUCCUGGGUGUUACUAUUUCAACGGACCUGUCAUGGAUAUGCAAUUGCAAAGAAAGCAUGAUAGCACAAUUUCCUUACAAGUCUGUGGUGAUUCAGCGUGGCUUCAAAAACUUCCAUAGUCUUUUGACUAGUUGCAUCAUGGCCUGGUAUGGAAGCACCAAUGCCUUUGAAUAGAAAACCCUACAAUUGGUAGUAGAUUUGGCCCAGUACAUUCCCAAGUAAAGCUCUCCCAACCAUUGAGCACAUCUACAUGAAACAUUGCCGUAGAAAAGCAGCAUCCAUCACCACCCAGGCCACGCUCUUUUCUUGCUGCUGCCAUCAGUAGAAGAGGCCCAGGACUUGCAUUGCCAGGUUCAAGAACAGUUACUACCCCUCAACCAUCAGGUCUUCAACAAAACAGGAUAACUACAUUCACUUAACAAUCUACUGAGAAGUUCCCACAACAAAUGAUCUCAGUUUAGGGAUUCAUUGUCUUGUCAUUUCAUAAUCUUGUUAUUUAUUGCAAUUUGAUUAUAUCUUAAUUUGCAUAGUUUGUUGUCUGCUGCUCUCUACUUCAUCUUUCAUUGAUCCUGUUGUACUUACUAUUCCAUAGAUCUGCUAAAUAUGCAGAUAGGGAAAAUGAAUCUCAGAGUGGUAUGUGGUGACAUAUAUGUACUCUGACAAGAAAAAAAAUACUUUGACUUUGACUUUAUGGGUGAGGAGAUUUCCCUUGAAUUUCCUGCAUGACUUUCUGCAGACUGAAGAAGAAGAUGUGUUGACUGCAGUUAUGUUUGACAUGUUCUUUGUCCUUUAAAUCUCUGGGCCAAGGACAAAUGACAUUGUUAGUUAACCUACAUACUCCUUGCUCAUUUCAAUGUUAGGUGCCAUUUUCACUGCUUCUAAAGGGCAGUGUAUAGGUUAUUACAGCUGUCCUCUAAAUUCUGAAAAAGCAGAGUGGGGAACAGAGACAGGUCAUAAGGCAGAGAGUGGAGCUCUGGAUAAGAUCAUAUGAUGAGCAGGGAAAUAGAGCAGGGGGCGUAGCAAAGCGUGACAAGGGUAUCAACACUUGGAGGCUGAUUGACAGAAAAAAUAAGUUAAUUGUUGACAUACUUUAUACUUUAUUGUUGCCAAACAAUUGAUACUAGAACGUACAAUCAUCACAGCGAUAUUUGAUUCUGCACUUGUUGAGGCUGUUACUUAAGGAAGCUCAUAAAAUAUUGACAGGAUUAGUGGCAUUUGGUAGAGGGGAGGUAAUACUUGCAAACACUUUCAAUGGCACUGUUCUCACCCAGAGAUAUGUGAGAUUCAGAAUGUACUAUCACUGCAAUUCGAAUGGGCAACUAUGGAGAGUCUGUUGGAGCUGACUGUUUAAUCUUAAUUGUCAUGUUCUUUGCAGUUUAACAAUUAAUUAUUGCUUGUAUUUUAAGUAGAUUUUAUAUGCCUGGCAGUUUAAUGUGCCUCUAGUGCAGGGGUCGGCAACCUUUUUGCCUCUGUGGGCCAGAUCGCGUAUUAAUGAGCGGAGGGUGGGCCAGAUAAAUGCCAUAAAAAACGUGAAAUAUGGGAAUUAUCCAUUUAAAUACAUAUAGUUAUGUUUGGUCUCAAAUUAAUGAAUAACGCAUGCUAGAAAAUCAUUUGUGCUUAAGGUUGUCUACCCCUGCUGUAGUGGCUGUACAAUGUAUAAUUCUGGAAGAUUCUUUGUAUUUUAUGAAGUGAGUAAGUGUUUUGUCAUUGGUUAAUUUCUACUGCAGUAUUGACUGUUCUUUCUAAUUGUAUUAUUAUCUAUAGAUUUGAGUGGAUUUUUUCUUACCUUGGGUUAAAGAAGUAGCUGCUUUAUGUUUUUCUCUGUUCGUCAGGUUGUGGACCUCUGUCACUGUUCUGCUCCUCUUCUAUUAACUUUGAAUAAAUCAAUCAUGAAGCAACAAAUUUUAUGCCUCGUUCCUGACUUCUAAACAAACCUCAGAUUUCAACACCAAAGUCCACUAGUUGGCAUAGCCGGCAGGAUUUAGAGCUCGGAACAAUCGAAAACAAAGAGAGCAUUUUCAGAUCCUAAACAAAAGUGUUACAAACUUCCUUUUUGUUC